CUCCUCUCCCUCUCGCUCUCUCCCUCUCUGUGUCCCACUCUGUUCCGCCGGCUCGUCCAGUGUUUGGAAGCCGAAAACAGAGCACCAUCGCGGGGGUCUGACUGGCUGUCAACCGAGCUCCAGCGGCAGUCAUGGCGGCGCCGUUAGCCCACUUCGAUGAGGACUGGCAGGAUUUUAACGAGUUCAAGCCGUCGUUAGAGACUCCCGACCAGCUGGACCAGCUCAACUCAAAUGUAGUUGACUCCUCGUCGGGCCUAGAUGAUUUCUCCGACCUAGACAACAGUUUCUCCGGCGAGAUCUGCAGCUUCAAAUCGAUGGAGGACCUCGUCCACGACUUUGACGAAAAGCUGACAGUGUGUUUCCGAAACUACAACACCGCAACGGAAAACAUAGCCCCAAUUAAACCCAUCACGGAAGAUAAUUACAUGAAAGACGACGAGGUGUGGAACGCACUGACGGACAACUAUGGCAACGUGAUGCCCGUGGACUGGAAAACAUCGCACACUCGCACCCUACACCUGCCCACCCUAAACCUCAUUGAGCAUGAGAAGUUGGACAACCAGUCUCUGGAUCUGUCGGAUGACGAGGAGCUGAGGGAGCAGAUGGAUAUGCACUCGAUUAUUGUCUCGUGCAUCAACGAUGAGCCACUCUUCACUGCUGAGCAGGUGAUAGAGGAGAUAGAGGAGAUGAUGCAGGAGUCUCCAGACCCAGAGGACGACGAGAGUCCCUCCCAAUCAGACCUGUCAAUGCUAUCUCAGGACCUCCACGCUCUGAAACGCUCUGGCUCCAACACCAGCUACGAAGAUCGUCUGCGUCAGCUGUCUGUGUCUGAGCUGACUGAGACUCUGGAGGAGGUAGAGACGGCCAUCCGCCGCUACAGUGAAGAACUGAUCCAGGCUCUGGCCCUGCGAGACGAACUGGACUAUGAAAAGGAGGUGAAGAACAGCUUCAUAUCGCUGCUGAUCGAUGUGCAGAACAGACAGAAGGAACACCGCGAGCUGCUGCGGAAGAAGAAGAAAAUCCGAAGUACGACUACAACCGGACCCAACGGCCAGAGAACAGCCAGCACGCACAUACCGGGCACGUACCUGACCACAGUAAUCCCUUAUGAGAAGAAAGCAGGCUCCCCCUCUGUAGAAGACCUCCAGAUCCUCACAAAGAUCCUACAUGCCAUGAGGGAUGACAGCGAGAAGGUGCCUGCCCUGCUAACAGACUACAUUCUCAAAGGUAAACACUCAAACUGUCCUCACAUCAGUUUUCCAUACUUGGACUUCAGGAGCAAAGUGAAUAAGCUGGGCAACAUCAUCAGUCUAUAAAAUGAGUCAUCAGUUAUUAAAAACCUGAGAAGAAUGGAAAUGUUUACUUAAGUCGUGACCUAAAUUUAGGUGUCUUGUCACAGAAAGGGUGACCACUGGAGUUCACACAUCCUGCCCCCUUGUUGCUUGAACAAGGAAGUACAGAAAUGUAUUUCUCCAUUUUUAGAAGGCUGUUUAGUAGAAAAACCAGAAAGUCAGAGGAAAGAAAUCAACACAAACAAAUAUGAAUAAAAGGGGAGGGGGGAAUUUGCUUUUCUUGGCACACUUCACUUUUGACCUGUACCUUCCUUGUUUCUCGUCUGUGCUGCAUUGUCCUUUGGGUAGCUCUGGUAUGAGAGCAGUGGAAACCGAGGUUUGUGAGGCACUGACACAUUAACACAGAUUCUUCACCUUCAGCCAUGUACUCUGAGCUGUGUCAAAAGCCCCUUUCUUUCUCUCUUUCUCUCUUUCUCAAUAUGUCUGUGUAGUAUCACAAUCUUACCCCCGCCCCCAAAAAAGCCAGCAACCUUCCCUUCACUCACUCACUCACUCUCUCUCUCACUCACUCACUCACUUACUUACUCCAUGCUGUAGUCGCUAUCGUGCUGUGCGGUGUUUGUGGCUGCACUUACCCUGAAACACACGGAUACACUCAUGCACAUAACUCCACCCCUUUUACCGGCAAGCUUGCAGUAGCAGCCGUUGGUGUGUCUGCUUCUCACCUGUAGCUACCGUUUCCCUUUUUUUCUCACCUGACUUUUUUUUCUCCGCCCUUGUGGU